AUGAGUUCUUAUACACCUAAAAACAUCCUCAUCACUGGCGCGGCUGGUUUUAUUGCAUCCCAUGUUUGUAACCGCCUUAUACGUAACUACCCUGACUAUAAGAUUGUGGUUCUUGAUAAGCUUGAUUAUUGCUCCAAUUUGAAAAAUCUCCUCCCAUCCCGGUCUUCUCCAAAUUUUAAGUUUGUUAAAGGUGACAUUGCCAGUGCUGACCUUGUCAACUUCCUCCUGAUCACUGAGUCAAUAGAUACCAUCAUGCACUUUGCUGCACAGACUCAUGUGGACAAUUCCUUUGGGAAUUCUUUUGAGUUUACCAAAAACAACAUCUAUGGCACUCAUGUCCUACUUGAGGCCUGCAAAGUGGCCGGCAAUGUAAGAAGGUUCAUUCAUGUUAGCACUGAUGAAGUUUAUGGAGAGACUGAUGCAGAAGCUGUGGUUGGAAACCAUGAAGCAUCUCAGCUGCUUCCCACUAAUCCUUACUCUGCUACCAAAGCUGGGGCCGAGAUGCUUGUUAUGGCUUAUGGAAGCUCCUAUGGCUUACCUGUCAUAACCACAAGGGGGAACAAUGUUUAUGGACCUGGUCAGUUCCCCGAGAAGCUUAUUGCCAAAUUCAUUCUCCUGGCCAUGGCUGGAAAGCCCCUGCCAAUUCAUGGCGAUGGAUUCAAUGUUAGAAGUUAUCUUUAUUGUGAAGAUGUUGCGGAAGCGUUUGAGGUCAUUCUUCACAAAGGUGAAGUUGGUCACAUCUACAAUAUAGGAACCACGAAAGAGAGAAGGGUGAUUGAUGUAGCGAAGGACAUAUGUAAACUUUUCUCUUUGGAUGCUGAUGCAGUGAUUAAAUUUGUAGAAAACAGACCAUUUAAUGAUCAAAGGUACUUUUUAGAUGACCAGAAGCUAAAGAAAUUAGGGUGGUCAGAGCGCACUACUUGGGAGGAAGGACUAAGGAAGACAAUGGAGUGGUACACUAGCAAUCCUGAUUGGUGGGGUGAUGUCUCUGGAGCCUUGCUGCCCCAUCCUAGAAUGCUAAUGAUGCCCGGUAUUGAAAAGCAGUUUGAUGGACCAGCAGAUAGUAACAGCAUGGGUUUUCAGCUAACAAGCUCUGCUAAUCAGAUCAAAAUGGUGUUACCGGAUUCAAAGAUCACUAAUGGUUCUUCAGAACAAUCUUUGAAAUUUUUGAUAUAUGGUAGAACUGGUUGGAUUGGUGGUUUGCUUGGAGAUAUAUGCCAAAAGCAAGGAAUACCAUUUGAGUAUGGCCGGGGUCGUCUUGAAAACCGAUCUCAACUUCUAUUGGAUAUUCAAACCGUGAGGCCGACCCAUGUGUUCAAUGCUGCUGGUGUGACUGGUAGACCUAAUGUUGAUUGGUGCGAAUCUCACAAACCGGCGACGAUUCGGACAAAUGUGGUUGGCACUUUGAAUUUGGCAGAUGUCUGCAUGGAAAAUGGGUUACUUAUGAUGAAUUAUGCUACUGGUUGCAUAUUUGAAUACAACACUGAUCACCCUGAAGGGUCAGGCAUUGGCUUCAAGGAGGAGGAUAACCCAAAUUUCACUGGAUCAUUCUACUCAAAGACUAAGGCAAUGGUUGAAGAGCUCUUAAAAGAGUUUGAUAAUGUGUGCACUCUUAGAGUCAGAAUGCCAAUAUCUUCUGACCUUAGUAAUCCUCGGAACUUCAUCACAAAGAUAUCAAGAUAUAACAAGGUUGUAAACAUUCCAAAUAGCAUGACAAUUUUGGAUGAACUUUUGCCCAUUUCGGUUGAGAUGGCAAAAAGAAAUUGCAAGGGAAUAUGGAACUUCACAAAUCCAGGUGUUGUCAGUCAUAAUGAGAUACUAGAGAUGUAUAAGAAGUACAUUGACCCUGAGUUUUCGUGGGUCAACUUUACAUUGGAAGAACAGGCUAAAGUCAUAAUAGCACCACGAAGCAACAAUGAGAUGGAUGCUUCAAAAUUGAAGAAUGAAUUUCCAGAAUUGCUACCCAUCAAAGAGUCGCUGAUUAAGUUUGUUUUUGAGCCCAACAGAAAGAUGUAAGCUGGUGGAGAGGUUUAUGAAAAAUCUUAAUAAAGUCAGUGUUUAGUAUUAAAUUCUGCGUUUUGCUUUAGAUAAAAGUGUCAUACUCUUCUUGAUACAUGGAUGUAUGACCAGUUUCUGUUGCACUGUAUUGCAGUUAGGUUGGUUAGGCCUCAUAAAAUUCUUGUUACUUUGUUCUUUAGGGUUAUGAUUGUUACAAUUUGAUAAGAGGGCUAGUAGUUUGCCUUCUGCUAUUUGUUUAUGUAGUCCAGGAUUUCUGGACUUUGAUUUAUUAAUUCUACGAAUAGCUUAUUGUCUAAUUCAAAGUUCUUCACUUA